AUGUCUGAACAAACGAGCAGCACUAAGAACCCCAUCAUUUUCGCACCGGAAACUUACCAGUACGACAAGGAUGCCCUAGACGAGACGGAAAUCAGCAAUGAUCCAAUCAUGCAAUUCACCAGAUGGUUCGCAGAUGCGCAGCAGGAUCCUUCUGAAAGCAUUCCAGAGGCCGUCAACUUUGCAUCCGCAGAAUUGCCAAGCGGUAAGAUCUCAGCCCGUGUGCUACUGUUCAAAGAACUCGACGACCGUGGAUUUACAAUUUACUCGAACUGGGAGACGUCCAAAAAGGCACAGGACAUCAAAAGCAACCCACAGGCUGCAUUGACGUUUUUCUGGAAAAACUUGCAGAGACAGGUCAGAGUGGAGGGAAUCGUCGAGAAAGUGAGUCGUGAGACGUCAGAAAGAUACUUCAGGACCAGACCUCGUGGUUCCAAAGUUGGCGCGUGGUCGUCGCCACAAUCGGCGCCUCUCAAGGACCGUGCUGAACUCAAGAGCCUGGUCGAAAAAAACGAGGCCCGUUUCGACGGGGUCGAGGACGUGCCUUGCCCUGAAUUCUGGGGUGGUGUUCGCGUGGUUCCUCUUUACAUCGAGUUUUGGCAAGGUAGACCAAGCCGUUUACACGACAGAGUGGUUUACACGCGGAAGUCAGAAAGUGAGCCAUGGGAAGUGACAAGAAUUGCACCUUGA